CUCAGGCUGUGAUCAGGGAGCUGGAUGGGAAGUACAACAGCCAGGACUGGAACUGGUGCCUGAGUGGGACGCCAGCACGCUGGGUCAGAGUGCAGGGGAGAGGGGGCCAGCGUGCUUCUAGCUGGCUGGCUGUGAACCUCUCGGACACACUGGGCUCCUUUUGCCCCGAGGCUGCAGGGUCCACUGUUAUACAUGGCCUAAGGAUGUGGGGCCUGUCUUUGCUCUGGUUUUCUCUCUCAGGCCAUCUGGGGCUCCCCAGGCACCUCUGAGCUGCAGCAGAGGGUCCCGGACCUGGCCGUGCCUUAGAGACCACUGGGAGAUAAGGAGAAAAAUCUCUGACUUUGCUCUCUCCCUGCACCUCUCCAAAGAUCCUGAUGCAGAAGGGGCAGGCGUGGGCUGGCGGUCCUGUGGCAUGGGGAUCUCUCCCAGGUCUCCCUUGGCCCCUGUUCUGCUUGGCUGAGGUAUGGGCUGGGGUCAGGAGGCUGCAUGUGUAAGGAUGCAUGCUUGGCCCCCGCUCCUUAGCCCGGAGUCCCCCGUGGUGGGCGGCCAGAGAGGGGCAAGAAAACCCACCAUGGGCAGCACCUGCCCGGCAGGACAGGACUCACCGUCUGUUUCCCCUCCCACAAAAGGCUGCAGGGCUUUUUGGUUUGGUUUGGUUUGGUAUUUUUUCCCCCCUUCUCUUUGUAAACCCCUCAUGAUCUACCCGUCAGCUCUGCUGCCAGAAGUGGCCUGGGCACCUGGGCUCUGCUACACACGGAGCAAGGAGGUGGUGUGGGGGGAGUGUGGGCUGCGGCCUGGCCCGGCGCUGUUCUAGAAAGCGGAGAGGAGUGGAAACAGUUCCUAGUGACUAAGCCUGGAGGAAGGUGCUCAGCUGCCCCUUGCCUGGGCUCCCUCUGAGCCCUCUGGCCUCCCUGGCUGUGCCACUUCAGGAUGCCCUGGGGCUUUGUGAGAUGGACAAGGGGGGCGGGGGCAGGAGCAGCCUAGGACUGGGCCCGCUCAUCUCCUCUCAGCUUUACCUAGGGCCUGACAGCUUCCUGAGUUUUCCGUGCCCCGUCUUAGGAGUUAGUGGAGACACCUGGAGCUGAACCAGGUCUCCUCUCCCGCUCGCCCUGCCAUCCCCCCACCCGGGUGGGGGGCCCAGCCUGCUGCUGCUCCACUUCCUGUCUUGGGUUCUUGCUUCCCUUUCUUCUCCCACCUGCCACUCUGGGGACUCUGGCUGCACAGGGAAGCUAGCCUCCCACCUGCCUUCACCUUCUCCUGGGAAGGCCUGGGCCAGGGCACCCGCCGUGACUGCUACCAUAGCAGGGAGAGAAGGCUGACAGCCCCCCUGCUGCCCUUGACAGCCUCUUCUUGGCCUCCACUUUCACUUCUGUGAAAUGGGCCCACCAGGCCUUCUUGAAGGCUGGAUGAAGUCACAGGAGGGUGGGCACUAAUGAAAAAGAUGGUGUGACUCUCGCUUUGUGGCGGAAAGCACCGAGGCAGGAACCAAGUUAGACCCUUCUGCUAAGGGAGCCAGGCUCAGGCCCAGGCCCAAGACAACCCAGGGGGUUGGAGUAGGGAAGCUGGAGCCCCAGGGACAGCUCCCAGGGUGAGGUGGGCUCACUUGAGGUGGGAACCAGCUGGCCCAGGUGCUGUUGGCCAGGCCUCAGACUCAUCCCAUCCCAGCGAGCAGGCAGCUGAGUCCUACAGAGGCUGCCCCUGCUCCGUCUGCCCCAGCGUGCACAGGGGCUCUGCCUCUUCACACCACAGGCCAGAGAAGGGGGGAGGCUUGCCGUGCCUCAGUUUCCCCCUUUCUUGCCUCCUAGGGUUGUGAGCCCUGGCCCAGCCCCUCCACCCCCAUAUCCCUCUGAUGCGACCAUGGGCUCUGGCAGCAACUAGGUGGCCCCCGUCUGCCCCCGUGGCUCCACGACGCAUCUCUGCUGGACCCGGCAGCACUGCAGGCCAGCUCUGGGGAAGUCCUACCAGGGCCUCCUCUCUGUGGUGCAGCCCCGGCCACCAGGGCCGCCUGGCCAGCCCGCUUGCCCAGGAUGAGCGCUUCCCCUCCCAGCAGCCACUGCCCCGGCCGCCACACCGCCCCGUAGAGGAGCACCGAGCCUCGGCUCCUGCCGGCGGGAGCCCCCGAAUGCUGCACCCGGCCACCCAGCAGAGCCCGUUCAUGGUGGAUCUCCACGAGCAGGUGCAUCAGGGACCUGUCCCUCUGUCCUACACGGUCACCACCGUGACGACCCAAGGCCUCCCACUGCCUGCAGGCCACCACAUCCCUGGCUGCAGCGCCCAGCAGCUCCCAGCAUGCUCCGUGAUGUUCAGCGGGCAGCACUACCCUCUCUGCUGCCUCCCGCCCCCUCAGCUGAUCCAGGCAUGCACUAUGCAGCAGGUCCCUGUGCCCUACCAGGCCUACCCCCACCUCAUCUCCAGUGACCACUACAUCCUGCACCCGCCGCCACCGCCGGCCCCGCCCCCCCAGCCCGCCCACCUGGCGCCGCUGGGGCAGUUUGUGUCACUGCAGACCCAGCACCCGCGUCUGCCCCUACAGCGGCUCGACAGCGACGUGGACCUGCGCGGGGACCAACAUCCCCUGGGGAGCUUCACCUACUCCACCUCCGCCCCUGGCCCGACCCUGUCCCCCUCCGUGCCUCUGCACUACCUGCCCCAUGACCCGCUGCACCAGGAGCUGUCCUUCGGCGUGCCCUACUCCCACAUGAUGCCUCGGAGGCUGGGCACCCAGAGAUACCGCCUGCAACAGCCGCUGCCCCCGCCCCCUCCGCCCCCGCCCCCACCGCCUUACUACCCCAGCUUCCUGCCCUACUUCCUCUCGAUGCUGCCAAUGUCGCCCACAGCCAUGGGCCCCUCCAUCAGCCUGGACCUGGACGUGGACGAUGUCGAGAUGGAGAACUAUGAGGCCCUCCUGAACCUGGCCGAGCGCCUGGGCGAUGCCAAGCCCCGCGGCCUCACCAAAGCCGACAUCGAGCAGCUCCCUUCCUACCGCUUCAACCCCGAUAGCCAUCAGUCUGAGCAGACGCUGUGCGUGGUCUGCUUCAGUGACUUUGAGGCCCGGCAGCUGCUCCGUGUCCUACCCUGCAACCACGAGUUCCACACCAAGUGUGUCGACAAAUGGUUAAAGGCCAACCGGACGUGUCCCAUCUGCCGGGCUGAUGCCUCCGAGGUGCCCCGGGAAGCCGAGUGAGGCCCCACGGCUGCCCAGGAGAACCCUGCCUGAAGCCUUGGAAACUCGGGGGAGGGCGUGGGGGAGGACCCAAGAGGGGAGUUGGCAGAAGCCUGCCCCAUCGCCCUCCCCCCUGCUCGCACCCCUACCUGCAUCUCCAGCGCUGGUGCCAGGGUCUGCCCCACAAGAAGCCCCUGCAAUAAGCCCUGCAUUUGCCAAGCUCCAAAGACUCCUCCCCGCUCUGCCUGGCCGCCCACACCCUGCGGAGCUGCCCUAAGGGACCCCUCCCCAGAGCGCUGGGGGGAUCCUACUGGCCCUGGGGGUUGGGGUAGGGGUGGCGAGGCAGGGGCGUCUGGGAAGGAAGAAAUCCUUGGCCCCAGGGUGGACAGAGGGGGCACCAACCUGGGGCACGUGGUUUCUUGCACUGACCACUGACUAUGGCACUGCCCAGGCUGUGGGAAGGCCUUGGCAGCAGGCCAUUUCCCGAGCCCUGGGUAGUACUGAAUUUGCCAACCCUCGACCCCAAGCGGCCUUGGGCAGCCCACCCCGUAACAGGCUGCUGUGGGUGUGGCUGGUGAAGGGGGCCUGCACCCCCUGCACAGUGAUCUAGCCCCACCUCUGGGCUGGAGGAUGCUUCCAGGCAGGGUCCCUGUAUCCCAACAGGACCUGGGCUGGGCAGAGCGCACUCCUGCGAUCCUGGGGUGCCCCUCCUGGCAGCGAGGCCGUGCCUGAUGUCCCCUCUCUGUUUUGCAUGACUGUGAGGAGCUGCAGUUUUUUGUUUAUUCAUUUGGCCCAAAAAUCACGUGUAGGAUUUAGGGGUUGUGGUAUUUCAGACCUAUCUAUAUAUAUAUAUAUUUUUUCCUUUGUUUUAUGGGGGAGGGCGGGCUACAGGGACCAACCCAGGAGCAAGCUGCCCCGGUCUGCAUGCACGUGUGCGGCUGGUGGGGGGCGGGGGGCAGGGCCGGGGGUCUGUGCUCAGCUGAUACUGCCAUGCACUGCACUGCACAUGUCCCUAGGGCCUCCUGGGACCCUCGCUUUUCAGGGCAUUUCCCCCUUCAGCCAGCCAGGGCCCAUCUCACACCUGCCUGGGCCAGUCUCUUUUUGGGAAUGCCCGGGAGUUAUGGGAGGGAGGGAAAGCAGGGAGUGUGGGGGUCUGGCUGAGCUCCCCACCCCUCCUUGCCUAACCCCCCCAUUCCUUUCCUUCCCUACCUGUAGCUGGGGUUGCUGCCCACCCCCCCACCCCCCAGAACGAACUGCGUGUGGGGCCGGCACAUCCUAGCAGGUGAUCCCCCCCCCCCCGGCACCUGCUGCCUCAGGGAUGCUCCAACCACCCUCGUUCUCCCUGCAGCGGCCCUGGCUCUCUGUCCGCCCCCUCCCCAUCCCGGCUCCCAGCCUGCCACAAGGCCUGGCAGCCCGGCCCCACCCCCACGGAGAACCCAAAGUCUUAGUGUAUAUAACUCCAGGUGAUGUUUCUAUAUUUAUAGCAGUGUUUUACACAGACCACAGCCCCCCCUCUGGCUCCCCUCCUGGCCCCACCCCACCAAGAGGUUUUCCAAGCCCUUCCGGUUCCUGGGGCAAGUGGAGACAGGCUCAUGGCUGGUGUGUGUGUGUGUGGGUGUGUGGGUGUGUGGGUGUGUGUCGCCACCUUGGGGACUCCAGUCAGCAACUGCUGGGAGAGGGCAAGGGGUAGGAACAACAUUUAAACAAACAAAAAAGUCAUUAAAAAACUAUUUCUGAAACAAUGAUUUAGGAUGUUUGUGAUUUGCCAACCUUGCUCUAGAUGCCGUAUUACCAAUGAUUUCCUGUGGCGGGGGCUUGUCACUGUUUACUCAAUCAUUUACCAACUGCUGGCCUAGGCAUGACCGCGGGCCCCUCCCCCAGCCCCGGCUGGGCGCAGCGCCUGUGUUCCGUGUUAGAAAGGUUUUCUAUAAUUACAUAUAGAGAUAUAAAGAUAUAUGUAAUUUGGGGGGGCCUUUUCCUUGCACAUUUUACAGUUACCUCAUUUUUCCCAUGUAUGUAUUUGAGAAAAUGCUAAUAUAUAGAGAAAAAAAAUGGUUCUUAAAGCUUAAACGUGUGGUUUUUUUUUCCAUUCCAUUGGAGUCACAUUGGUUUGUAGCAUUUAACAUAACUAGUAUGUUGUAUUAUAUAUAUGUGUAUACUGAUUGAAAUUUUUAACAGAUUUGUACUUUUUUUAAAAUGAAAGUUGCUAGUUCUGCUUGACCAAGUAGUGCAAUCAUUAUUUUUUUUAAUAUUGUUGCUGAUUUCAGAGGGAUAUUCACUAAUAAAUGUAUGAUGUAU